UUCUUGGCUAAAGGGAGGAAUAAAAAAAUAUAUUAACCAAAUUUGGCAGAGGCGGUCGUUGUUUUGCUUCAUCGCUCCCCCUUCUUUGACGGGAAAGCUCCGCCUUUCGCCCAUCGCCCUUCCUCUCGCCUUCGAUCUGCGCAUCAGGAAGGACAUGGUAUGCACAUUUGAUGGAUGAUGACUGUUCCGAUGGAUAGUUCUCUUUCAUCAUGGGAGUUUGCACAGCGGCUUUAUGAUAAGAAUGUUGAAUUGGAGAAUGGACUACGGCUAUCUGCAAAGUCAAAAGUACCUUCAGACCCAAAUGCUUGGCUUCAAAUGCGAGAAAACUAUGAGGCCAUAAUUCUUGAAGAUCGGGAUUUUUCUGAGAAGAAAGACAUAGAGUUUGUCCUAUGGCAACUGCAUUACAGAAGAAUCGAGGAAUUUAGGCAGCAUAUUAAUGCUGCAGUCUCGGAUGGUACAGGAUCAAAUCUACCAGCAGGUAGGAAGGUCCUUGUUCACCCUGAUAAAAUUAAGAAAAUCCACUAUGUUUUCAGAAGCUUCCUGACAGAAGCUACUGGAUUUUACCAUGAUCUCAUAUUGAAGAUUAGAGCAAAGUAUGGGCUGCCAUUGAGCUACUUUAAUGAGGGAAUUGAAACUGAAAUUGUUUCGAUGAAAGAUGAAAAGAAUUUGUCUGAGAUGCAGAAAGGGCUUGUGUCUUGUCAUCGGUGUCUGAUAUAUUUGGGAGACCUUGCGCGUUAUAAAGGACUAUAUGGAGAAGGGGACUCUGUUAGUCGUGAUUUUGCAGCUGCUUCAAGUUACUAUUUGCAAGCAGUUUCUCUCUACCCUUCAAGUGGCAACCCACAUCAUCAGCUGGCAAUACUUGCUUCCUAUUCAGCUGAUGAGCUGUUGUCAGUAUACCGCUACUUCAGAAGUUUGGCAGUUGAAAUUCCCUUUUCGACUGCAAGAGAUAACUUGAUAAUUGCUUUUGAGAAGAAUCGUCAAAGUUUCUCUCAGCUACCCGGCAAUAUGAAGGUUGUUUCAGGCCGAAAAAUGCGUAUGCGCUCAACUGGUCGAGGUAGAGGAAGAGGGGAUCUAAAGCUCAUGCAAAAAGAUACUAAAAUUGAAACUUCACACAUCAAAGAUCAAAAACUCACAAAAUCUGAAUUAUUUAAAGCCUUCUCAAUUCGUUUUGUUCGUCUUCACGGAAUCCUUUUUACAAGGACAAGCUUGGAGACUUUUGGUGAAGUAUUUGGCUCAGUAAUUAAUGAUCUGAUUGUGCUCCUUUCCUCUGGUCCCCAAGAGGAACUUAAUUUUGGAUCGACUGGUGCUGAAAACUCAUUAACCAUGCUGAGGCUUAUUUCCAUUAUGAUAUUCACUGUUCACAAUGUGAAAAGGGAGUCAGAGAACCAAUCAUAUGCAGAGAUCCUUCAACGUAGAGUGUUAUUGCAGAACGCCUUUACAUCAGCCUUCAAAUUUGCUGGGUAUAUUCUCAAGAGAUGUGUUGAGCUGCAAGAUUCUGCAUCAAGCUAUCUUUUGCCUGGUAUUCUGCUUUUCAUUGAAUGGCUGGCAUGUCAUCAAGACAUCGCAGCCAGUUCUGAUAUGGAGGAAAAAGAAGAGGGUGCAAGACUGUUCUUCUGGGAUCACUGCAUUUCUUUUAUGAACAAACUUAUUGAGACAGGACUUGCAUCUAUUGACGGUGAUGAUGAUGAAGCUUGCUUUUUUAACAUGAGUAGGUAUGAUGGAGAAGAAACUGGGAAUAGACUUGCACUUUGGGAGGAUUUUGAGUUGAGAGGAUUCUUACCCUUAGUGCCAGCACAACUCAUUUUAGAUUUUUCAAGGAAGCAUCCUCUUAUGAAUGAUGGUGGCAUGAAAGACAGUGUAUCCCGUGUUCAAAGGAUUCUGGCAGCUGGACGGGCUCUUUCAAAUAUUGUUUAUAUUGAACAGAAAAAAUUAUAUAUCGAUCCAAACCGGAAAAAAUUUGUUCUGAGCAGUGAGCCUCCAGUAUUUGAUGGUAAUAUGGACCCUACCUUUCAAGGUCUGCUGGAUUCAGGUGUUAAGAAGCAGGGAAGUGAAAUCAAAGAUGUGGCUGAUCUUUGGGCUGCACAAAGGACGUCUAGUCUUGGAGUGGCAGAAAUCAAGGACCACAUCUAUAUGGGAGGAGAAGAUGAUGAAGAAGAAAUUGUGUUCAAGCCUCCUACCUCUGAGAAGUAUGCAGAUGCUAAGUUAACUGCUUUUAAUUUGAUCAACCCUGUACAAGAAUAUUUUCUUUCUGAUCAGGCAAUGCCAGCUCGGCAUCUUUCUCCAAAUUUUGGUCAAAUUAAUGUGCCAGCACUACCGAAUAACGAAUGGUUCUCAAAGCAGGAAGCAUGCUUAUCAAAUGGUAUUAAGAAUAUGAAUAUAACAGAAAAUGGGCAUUUGAAUAAGCAGGUAUUGCAAGAAAGCUCAACUAUGGUGCAGCCUCAACCGUUCUCACAUGUAUUGUCAACUUCUGUUAAUCUGGAUGCUGAUAACACAUUCUCCAAUCAAAUUACAGCUGCAGAUGUAGUGUUGCCAUCUGCAUUUGACACUAUAUUGCCAUCAGGAGCCAUUUCUGAUGGUUUGGCUAUGAAGCCCUCUGGCUUUCCAACUUUGAAGAAAAGUCCUGUAAGUCGUCCAGUUAGGUAUGCUGGGCCACCUCCUGGAUUUAGCCAUAUCAGUUCUAGACAGCAGAAUGGUGGUAUUCCAAAUUCUUGCACCAAUGAUCAGCUACAUGAGAUUGAUGAUUAUAGCUGGUUAGAUACUAGUAGAUCAUCUACCAAAAGCAUGGGCGUGGAUAAUUCUUUUGAUAAAAUAACACACAGGAUUCCAUGCAUUAACACGAGCAAUACUACUCCAUUUGCAACUGUUUCCACCUUCCCAUUCCCUGGAAAGCAAGUUUCUAACGUGCAAUCUGAAAUUGUCGAUGGACGAAGAUGGCAUGAUUUCCAGCUCUUCGAACAACUGAAACCUUUCAAUGUGCAGCAAAAUCAGCACUCAAAUCCACAGCAGACUCUGCUUCCUGAACAAUAUAAAGCACAAUCACUUUGGUCUAAUCAGUACUUUGUGUGAUACUUUAUUUGAAGAAGAUUUUAAUGGUAAAAAAAUGAGUGAUGGAUGAAGUGCCUUCCAUGGUGGGUGGCUUGCAACUUCGUGCCUAUUGAAAUCAGUCCCAUAUUCACAGAAUUAAUUGUCGUCAAGUUUAUGGUCAAACAUUGAUAGUCAUGGGAGCACUGCAAAUGCUUGGACUUUAUAUGCUUGAUAUCAUGGAGCAUUUAGCGACUUGACAUUUAACUAUGUUCCGUUUAAUUUGUAGCAGCUAUUGUCCAGUUCAUAAUUCAUGAUGAGGAUGCGGGAACAAAGAAUUGAUUAUCUUCGAUUGGGAGGAAUAUAAGCAAGUCCUAUGAAUGGUUGUUUCAAACACGAUAGUGAUACCUGGGGUUCGCUGCGUGGUGGAAACUCCAGUCAAGCUGUAGCGUUUGCAUUGUCAUCAUAGGCCUCCAUGCUCAAAUUCAACUGCUUUCUUGGCGAGUGUGCUUUCGUUGUCCUUAUCGAGCUGUCUACUUUACCAGUCAGUAGUAGGAAGAUAAAAAACGGUCGAGAAAGUGAUUCCGGAUCGGAGGUUUGUUGCUGCUGCUGCUGCAACUUGAUGAAUAACCGACCUAUUGUUACCUUUCACCCUGAGGAAACUUUUGCCAGUAUGGUGUUUUAUUGUGUGGUAUGUUUGUGUCUUUCGGAGCUCGAAACUUCCAUUUGAGUUUCGUAUGUUUUCUCCAUUUCAAGUGUUGUGGGUGGAUCAACUCUAUAUGUUGCAUGGCACAUUUGGUUUAUUGCUAGUUGCUGUUUAUCGAGCAUUAUUGUU